UGUUUACUUUAUGAGUUCAAUUUAAUAUUUUUGUAAACGAGUAAUAGUUACAGUUAGACGUUAUAUUCGGAAGAAAUAUAGUAUACAAAGAAUAAAAGCGCCCAUCGGGGCGGGUUUACGACAACAUUUUAUGCUAGUUUUAUGUUCGCAGAUAUUCAGUGAUAUGGAAGAGUCUCGGCAGACGAAAUAUUUCGAUUUCACGGGGACCCAAUACUUUGAUAAUACCAAGCAAACAAUGGAAAGCGUACACGACGUAGCUACAAAUAAAUCAACCCAUAUCGUAAUGUUUAAUGCCGAUUCUUCAAAUGCGAAUUGUGAUUCGGAAAAUACAGAACAACCAAUGAUCGAUUCAAGAAGUUGCAAUGAAUCAUAUCAAGGCGAUGACAUACAGAGCGAUGAGAAUCCACCCAACAGUCAGCAGACAGCUUCACACAACCCAUCCAUUCAAUCGUCACAAUCAUACGACUGCAAGAUUUGUGGCAAACAGUUCCUGCAGCAAUGUCGCCUUGACAAACAUACUCAACAUGUUCACGGCGAUCGGAACUACCGUUGUGCUGUCUGCGGUAAGGCAUUUUUCCGGAGCUUCGAUCUGCAGUCACAUCAAAAUUCACACACCGGUGAGCGGCCGUUCAAGUGCACUGUGUGUGGCAAAGAUUUUGGGUACAAAUCUGUCCUAAGCGAGCACAUGCGCAUCCAUACGGGUGACUAUCGAUACAAGUGUGAUGUGUGUGGCAAAGGAUUCAAUAAAGUUUCUCGCUUCCAGGAGCACAAGUACGUUCAUACCGGCAAGCCUCCACCUAGCGAAAAGAAACCGUCAGCAUCUGCCGACGCUUCCUUACUGCCAUACGAAUGUGAGCUAUGUGGAAAACAAUACCUCCAGAAGCAUCGCCUUGUCGAACAUCAGCGGGUACAUAGCGGCGAAAAGCCUUUCCGGUGUGAUAUUUGCGGUAAGACAUACACCAGAAGAAGUGCUAUAUGGCAACAUUGGAAAUCACACUCUGGUGAAAGGCCGUACAAGUGCACUGUAUGCGGCAAAGAUUUCCCCAAAAAGAAAAGCCUUACUGACCACAUGCACUUUCAUACGGGUGAGCGGCCGUACAAGUGCCCGGUAUGUGGGAAAGAUUUUGCCCAAAGCACUAGCCUGCACACACACCUGCGCCUUCACAAGGGCGAGCGGUCGUUCAAGUGUACCGUGUGUGGCAAAGCUUUUGCCACAAAAAGUAACCAAACAUCACACGAGCGCAUUCAUACGCGAUUACCUUACAGCAAGAAAAAACUCGUUGACGACGCCGAUGGAAAUCAGGUCGAGAACCUACAGGCACCUGUAAUAACAUCUCGACCUCACGAAUGCGAGCUUUGUGGGAAACGAUUCCUGCUAAAGACCCAGCUUAACCAGCAUGCCCGGGUACAUCGCGGUGAACGCCCCUACAUUUGCAAUGUCUGCGGCAAAACAUUUUCCUUGAACGGCAGCCUAUGGGCACAUCGUGUUGUACAUACCGGUAAGAAGCACAAGUGCAACGUGUGCGGCAAAGCUUUUGCCAAUAAUUUUACCCUCAGCGAGCACAUGCACGUGCAUACGGGUGCGCGGCCGUUCAACUGCACCGUAUGUGGCAAAGAUUUUGCCAAGAGUAGAAACAGGAUUGCACACAUGCGCCUUCAUACGGGUGAGCGACCUUUCAAGUGCACCAUGUGCGAGCGAUCUUUCGCGAGACAAAAAACCCUAACCGAACACAUACGCGUACAUACGGGCGAACGGCCUUACAAAUGCACCGUGUGCGACAAAGCAUUUGCGCAAAAAAGUCCGCAAGUUAAACACAUGCGUCUUCAUACGGGUGACUGUCAGCACAAGUGUGAUGUAUGUGGCAAAGGAUUCGAUAGUGUUCCUCUUUUGGAGGAGCACAAGUGCAUUCAUGUCGUUGCGAUGUCUAGUGUGAUAUCUCAGGAAAAGGAUCCGCUACAGUAGACAUAGCGUUUCUUCAGGAUACACUACUGUUUCAGCGUAUUGUCACAUAGAAGGAGUAUAUGUAAAUUAAUACUAGUGAAUGACUGUGGGAGCUAUGCGUAAGAGGGGUUGCUGUUAACACGAAUUAAACGAUAUUAAAACAAUUAUUUAUUUGCAAUCAAGGAAACCUAUAGUUUUAAGCGUCCAGAAAACUUGAAAAAGUUACGGCAAUAUAUUGAUAUUAGAAUUUUACCUUACUGGGAUA